CUACCCACUUUGGUCACAUGACCUGACAUAUUCACGUUGAGCCUGGGGGUCGUGGCGUGGAACGGCUUUUGGCGUUGUUUACAUCCACUUUGAAGCGCUUAAUGCACCAGCACUGUAUGUUAUUUUGCUGCUAAAAUAGACGUCAUGACUCAGGUAAAGCUGACAACCGGAAGUGCACUUGCGACACUGUGGCUACUUUUCCCCGCUGUCAUCACCUACUCUUCCACGAUUAAACCCCUGUUGUUUGAGGAGCAGUUGCUGUGGGUGAGUGGAAUGGAGGGAGAGGUUGACACCUACAGGAUCCCUCUGAUCACCUUCACCCCCAUGGGGAGCCUGCUGGCUUUUGCUGAGGCCAGGAAGUUCUCAUCUGCUGAUGUGGGAGCAAAGUUCAUCGCAAUGCGCCGAUCAGCUGACAAAGGAUCCACGUGGUCCCCGACCUCCUUCAUUGUCGAUGACGGGCUACAGCAUGACGGCUUGAACCUGGGCUCGGUGGUGGUCGACCAGGAAGUGGGCUCGGUCAUUUUGAUCUACACUCUUUGCUUCCACCAGUACGGCUGUGGGCCUGCUAGCACCAUGAUGGUAGAAAGCAAGGACGACGGCCUCAGCUGGACUUCACCCAAGAACCUUUCGAUACAGCUCGGAGUCAAGAGUUUUUCUCCUGGACCAGGGUCCGGCAUCCAGAAGCAGUACGAACCAAACCAGGGAAGGUUGGUGGUGUGCGGUCAUGGAACACUGGCAGGGGAUGGCGUUUUCUGCAUCCUAAGCGAUGACCACGGACGCACGUGGUUCAACGGUGCAGCACUGAAAAGCAUCCCUUACAACCAGAAGAAGAGACCGCUGGACUUUAUGCCAGAUGAAUGCCAGCCCAUUGAGAUGACCGAUGGCAGCAUUGUCAUCAACAUUCGAAACCAGAACAACUACCACUGCAGGUGUCGUGUGGUGGUGCGAAGCCGGGAUGGCGGGUUGAGCCUGCCAAUAGACGACCUCUACUUUGACUACGAGCUUGUGGAUCCUGCAGUAGCAGCCGGGGCCUGUCGGAAAGAGGGGAUGCUCUUCUUCACCAACCCAUCCAGUGAACAACAUAGAAUUAACCUUACCUUGCGCUGGUCAGUCACUGACGGUAUGUCCUGGGAGAAGAACGCGCUGCAGAUUUGGCACGGGCCAAGUGGUUACUCCUGCAUCACGUCACUGGACAGCGGCUCUGCAGAGGACAGGAAACACAUCUUUGUCAUCUUUGAGAAGGGCCAAAAGAACUACGACGAGACGGUCUCCUUUGCCAAGAUCCACCUGUACGGAGGCCGGGAAAGCCCAUGAAUCAAAGGGUUUGACCACCGGAAGGAGGAAAAAAAAAGGAACUAGGUUGGUUGCAGCCUUGACUUUUUCUCAGGAAGGAACAAAAAAGACUAAAAAAAAAAAAACACAUUAUAUAAAAUGUGAAACUGGGAAGCUGUGCACGGUGAUGGACGCGGAUGAAAUGAUUGUUCUUCUUCUACAAUAAUCACUGCUUCAUUGUUUCCUUUUUAUUGGGAUGUCAUAAAGAAAGUUUUUAUUAAGAUCAAAAAAAUGUGUAAGAUUAUCAAACACAUAUCUACUCAUUAAGGUCCUUUAUGUUGGGAACAUACUGUUUUAUAUAAUAAUAAUAAUGUUUGAGCUUUAGUACAAUUAAGUCGUCAAUUGAAAGCAUUUUUGACCAGCUGAUAAACUUUACUUGACUUGG